AUGGGGUGCAAGGCUGCCAACCUCCCAUUCGUUUAUCUCGGUGUUCCCGUUGGGGCUAACAUGAACCUUAAAAGAAAUUGGAAACCAGUUAUUGACAAGGCCCCUAAUUCCGUUAUUGAUUUGUUGGAGAAGAUUCGCAGAAGAUUCCUUUGGGGUGGGACGGAUGAGAAAAACAAAAUCCGUUGGGUUGCAUGGAAGCAUGUUCUUGCGGAUAAGGAGUUGGAUGGUCUAGGUGUUUGCUCCCUUAAGAGCCUUAAUAUUGCUUUAUUAUAUAAAUGGAUAUGGAGGUUAAAAUCAGAGAACUCUCCUCUAUGGAAGCAAGUUAUUUGUGGGAUUCAUAAUCUUUCUCGCAAACCAAUUUAUAAUUUGUCCAAGAGAUCUAUCCCUGGUGUUUGGAAUAACCUGAUAUCUAUUUCGAGAAUUUUGGGAGAGAUGGGCCUCGACUUUUAUCAUUUCAUAUCAACCAAAAUUGGGUCGGGGCGGAAUACCCUAUUUUGGCUUGACAAUUGGAUUGGUGAUGGAAAUCUGGCUUUAAGGUUUCCUAACUUAUAUGCCUUGGAUAAACGUAAGUCUUGUUUUCUGGCAGAAAGAUUUUCUUCGAAUGGUUUUUUAUGGGCUUGGAGGAAAAAUCCUAGCCUUCCCGUGGAGAUGGAAAAACUGGCACAACUCUGUCGGCUCCUCGAUGGGGUUACCUUGUCCUCGGAUCCUAACUCUUGGAAAUCCAAGCUUUCUAGUGAUGGGCAGUUCUAUGUUAGAGAUAUUCGUAAGCUCAUCAACUCCAAAGUCACUGUUGGGACUAAUAGUACAACCGUUUGGGUAAAUCUUGUCCCCUUAAAAAUAAUCUGCUUUGUUUGGAGGGCUAGUUUGGAUGGUAUCCCUUCCUCCAUGGAUCUUUCAAGGAGGGGUGUGGGUGUUGCUUCUACCAGGUGUCUCUUUUGCAUUAAUGGUGUGGAUGUUAUGGAUCACUUGCUUAUUGCUUGCGAUCUCGCCAAGGAGGUGUUCAAGUGGAUUUUUAAGUGGUGUGAUGUCCCUUUCGUCUCCUUCUCUUCGGUCUCUGAAGCUUUGAAUUUUGCUGCUAAGUGGGGAAACUGCCCAAAAAAAAAGGAAGGUCUUUCUUGCCAUAUUGUACGGAGGUCUGUGGUGUAUUUGGAAGGGCCGGAAUGA